GGGAACGGACCCCAGCAUCCUCCCUAUCCCCCAAACGUUAGGAUCACCGGCGGGGACAGACCACCGGAGCUGAGCCCCACAGCACCACACAUCCACGCGGUUUGCUGGUGACCUGGUGUGGUGACUGGUGAGGAAGCGCACAAGAACACAACAAGAAGGCGAGAGCACAGAGCAGAGAGGGAGAAAGGGGAGGAACAGAGAGCUGAAAAAGGUGGAAAAAACCCGGCUUUUGACCCCGCCAAGCCCACCGUCGCCGGCAAUGGCGGCCGCUUCCGAGGAGGCCAUCAAGCAGUUCUCCGCGCUCAUGGAGCAGCUGGAGGAGCCGCUCAAGACCACAUUCCAGAAUGUGCAUCAAGGAAAUCUGAGGGGGACUUUGGUGCGUUAUCUGAAGGCCAGAGAAUGGAGUGUCCCUAAAGCUCAUAAAAUGCUUAUGGAUUGCUUAAAUUGGAGAAUACAGAAUGAGAUUGACAGCGUGUUGGCUAAACCCAUUGUGCCACCUGAUCUAUAUAGAGCUAUCCGGGAUACGCUUCUUGUUGGAUUGACAGGGUACUCCAAGCAGGGACAACCUGUUUAUGCAUUUGGUGUUGGUCUCAGUACCUUUGACAAGGCUUCGGUGAACUACUAUGUUCAGUCACACAUACAGAUGAAUGAAUAUCGAGACCGUGUUGUCCUCCCGGCUGCAUCAAAGAAGUUUGGGAGACAGAUCAAUACCUGCUUGAAGGUUAUGGACAUGACUGGCCUGAAGCUGUCUGCGUUGAGCCAAAUAAAGAUGUUGACCAUGAUUACCACUGUUGAUGACCUUAAUUAUCCUGAGAAAACUGAGACUUAUUACAUUGUGAAUGCACCAUAUGUUUUUUCGGCAUGUUGGAAGGUUGUGAAGCCACUUCUACAAGAAAGAACUAAAAAGAAGAUCCAAGUCCUGUAUGGCUCUGGGAGGGAUGAGUUAUUGAAGGUUAUGGACUACCAGUCACUUCCGCAUUUUUGCAAGAGGGAAGGAUCAGGUUCAUCCAGUGACUCUCUGGACGGUGUUGAUUGCUACUCCUAUGACCAUCCUUUCCACCAGCAGAUGUACAACUACGUGAAGCAGCAAUCUCUGAAGCUGGACUCUGUUGGUCCCAUAAAACAAGGCUCACUCCAUGUGGAUGUGCCCUCACCUGGCUUUGAGGAGGUCAAGAUCGCGGAGACCAUCGAAUCGGAGCUCCACAAGUUGAGGGGAGGCAACGGCCUCACUCACUCUUUCAACAGAAUCAAGAUCGAAGGUCCAUGAGGGCGCGGUGAUUGAGAAGCGUGCGCCGGAGACACAGCGGUCCACGGUCCACAGAGGUGAUCUUGGUAUCUGAACCCCAGUAGCCUAUGGUGGUGGGGUGGUAGUAGGGCCUCUUGCUUGCAAUCACUGGCUGCAGGCUUGAUUAGGACGAGUAGAGAACGCGAUUCUAAUAACCGUACCCGAGAUUGUUAUCCUUCCUAAUUAACCUAGCUAGUAUCGUUGUACUUUCGCGCUUAUAUGGCAUGGGAUCUGUCACGUUUCCACCCAUGGAAGCUACCAGCUUGGAGUGCUACUAUGUAUCAAUGUACUAUGUAUAUGUAUAUAUAUGACUGCCAACUCGGUGAGUUGGUAUCUACAAGGAGAGAUCUGUACUCCCUGCUAGCUUUCUCAGCA